AUGGCUGCGUCUCCACUCCCAGAGCGCGAUUCUGCGCCCCUUCUGCAGCUGCAGGAAGUGGACCCCAGCCGGGUGGGCCGCGGUGGCCGCAUCCUCUCGCCCAUCUUCAGCGCCCCAUCCCCGCCGCUGCCCAUGGAGGCCCACCCCAUCUGCAUCCCCUCGCCGUACACUGACAUCGGGCACGACUUCAACCCCUUGUCCUUCUACAGCCCCACUCUGCUGAGCUACGGUGGGCCCGCCCUCCCUGACUGCCCGUCCGCUCGCCAGUCCCUCAGUCCCUCCUUCUUCUGGCCCCCCCAUGCUCACGUGGGGCCUUCAUUGGCUCUGCACCAUCGGCCCCAGUCCCGCCCCCAGCAAGGCCAGCCAACCCGAGUGCCCUGGGUGGAGCUGUCGCCCCGGGACCACGCCCUAUCUGAGAGCAGGUAGGAAGGAAACUGAGUUUAGGUAGGAAGGACACUGGGUUUCUUCACUCCUUGGAGGCUUUUGCUCCAGCUUAGCACUAACAAACCUGAUUCUACUUAUAAACUGGGCAAAAGCCCCCACACAAUGCAGACCACCAACUGCUGCAUUUCAUUAGAACAUGCAGAGCCUAUUCUUUGCAGGUGUGAAGGGACUAGAUAGGUGUGAGCCAUUGCUCCAUCUUGUUUCCGCUACAGAACAAGAAUGAGAUUCUAUUCAUAUUGUUUCCGCCAUAUUGCUUUAACCUAUCCAGUCCUAUUAGAUCUGUGAUGGUGAGUGAUUAAGGUCAGAAGGGAGGGGGGCACUUUGAAAGCCUUAUUAUAAAGUUUUACCCUUGUUUUGUAUGGUUUUCAAAACAUUAUCAUCAGUCAUGUUGUCACUGUUGUCUGUAUUCUCUCUGUGUGAUGGACAGCAAGCCUCUGAGGAAGCGCUCGCAGGAGGGCGAGGAGACGGUCAUCUCGCCGGAAGGGAAGGCUGAACUGCACUUCUGUGCCGUGUGUCACGACUACGCAUCGGGCUACCACUACGGCGUGUGGUCCUGCGAGGGCUGCAAGGCUUUCUUCAAGAGGAGCAUCCAAGGUAGUAAGGGCUCAGUGUUCCAGAUCAUGCACAUACAGUGCCUUCAGAAAGUAUUCAUACCCCUUGACCCCACAUUUUGUUAUGUUACAGCCUGAAUUCCAAAUGGAUUAAAUAUAUUUUUUACACACAAUACCCCAUAAUGACAAAGUGAAAACAUGAUUUUAGAAUUUUUGCAAAUUUAUAGAAAAUGAAGUACAGAAAUAUCUCAUUUACAUAAGUAUUCAUACUCCUUUCCUAUAACAGCUCAGGUGCAUCCAAUUUCCUUUGAUCAUCCUUGAGAUGUCACUACAGCUUGAUUGGAGUCCACCUGUGAUUGUUUAGACAUGAUUUAGAAAGAAACACACCUGUAUGGAAAAAAAAUGUAUGCACUCACUAACUGUAAGUCGCUCUUGAUAAGAGUGUCUGCUAAAUGACUAAAAUUUACAAUGUCUAUAUAAGGUCCCAAAUUUGACAGUGCAAGUCAGAGUAGAAACUAUACCAUGAAGUCCAAAGAACUGUCCUUAGAUCUCCGAGAUAUAAUUGUGAUGAGGCAUAUAUCUGUGGAAGGGUAUAAAACAAUUUCUCAAGUGUUGAACGUUUCCAAGAGCACAGUUGUCUCCAUUAUUGGGAAAUUGAAAAAAUAUGGAACUACCCAGACUCUGCCUAGAGCUGGCCGUCCGACCAAACUGAGCAACCAGGCAAUAAUGACCUUGGUCAGGGAGGUGACCAAGAACCUAAUGACCACUCUGGCAGAACUACAGAUUUCCUUGGCUGAGAUGGGAGACCCUGCCAGAAGGACAACAGGCUCUACAGCACUUCACCAGUCUGGGCUUUAUGGGAGUGGCCACUUCUGAGAAAAAGGCACAUGACAGCACGCCUGGAGUUUGCAAAAUGACAUGUGAAAGACUGAGAUCAUAAGGCAAAAGAUGAUGUGGUCUGACGAGACAAAAAAUGAACUCUUUGGCUUGAAUGAAAAGCGCUAUGUCUGGAGAAAACCAGGCACAGCUCAUCACCCCUCUAACACCAUCCCUGCUGUGAAGCAUGGUGGUGGCAGAAUCAUGCUAUGGGGAUGCUUUUCAGUGGCAGGGACUGGGAGACUGGUAAGGAUAGACAGAACAAUGAAUGGAGCCAAAUAAAGGGAAAACCUUGAUGAGAACCUGCUUCAGAGUGCAAACGACCUUAGACUGGGGCAAAGAUUUACGUUCCAGCAGAACAAUGACCCCAAGCAUACAGCCAAAGCAAUGCUGGAAUGGCUUCAGAACAAGAAUGUGAAAGUCCUUGAGUGGCCCAGCCAAAGCCCAGACUUGAAUCCUAUUGAAAAUCUGUGGAAAGACUUAACGAUUGCUUUUCAGCGCCGCUCCCCAUCUAACUUAACAGAGCUUGAGAAAAUCUGCAAGGAAAAAUGGGAGAAAAUCCCAAAAUCCAGAUGUACAAAGCUGAUACAGACAUACCCAAGACGACUCAAAGCUGUAAUCGCCGCCAAAGGUGCUUCUACAAAGUAUUGACUCAGGGGUGUGAAUACUUAUGUAAAUGAGAUACUUCUGUAUUUCAUUUUCAAAGAAAUUGCUACAAAAUGUAAAAACAUGUUUUCACUUUGUCAUUAUGGGGUAUUAUGUGUAAAUGGGUGAGAAUUUUAUUUAAUGAAUUUUGAAUUUGGGUUGUAACACAACAAAAUGUGGAGUAAGUCAAGGGGUAUGAAUACUUUCUGAAGGCACUGUAGGGGGGAAUUCUGACUCGAGUUAAACGUGCGUAAAUGGAACGCAAUUCCCUUUUUAUGCACUUUUCUUUCAACCUGUAUUCUGACCUUGAACUUAUACAUAUCACAUUUUCCACAGUGACAUUUAUGAAACGCUUGCCUUAUAACCUUGCAGGGAUGCAAAUUGGAGACCCAAGCUAUACGUUUCUGUAGCCAUGAGCAAAUGACAGAAUAGCGCCAAACCUACCAAGUUGAUUUAUGAUUUCUAUAAUGUUUUGUUUGUAUCCCCAGACUUUUCACUGUAUUUUUUAAAACAAUUUGUAUCGUGUUAACUAUCAGCCAUGAUCAGUAGCCUUUCUUUCCUCUGUCUCGUUCGUGUGGUUGUUCCUGAGGAUCGCUAGCAAUUGUGGAUCAUGUUAGGCUAACGUAUUACAAGUUGUGCAAUAAUUUGGGACAUGUAGCCUAUUUGAAUCAUUAUGGAACGCAGACCAUACGUGGCAGUUUAAACCUGGAGCCUGGUGCACUGUUCACGAUGACUGGACCGUUGUCAUCACAGUUCCAUGAUUAGUGAGGAUUAUUAGAGUAGAUUUAUAGGAGUACUGUUGUAAAAUGUUCUCACCUUCCUAUAUUUCAUGAAUUGAACAAUUGAAUAUGGCAACUUUCAGGAUUAAUCAAACCACUGUAUUUUUGAUUCACCAAUAUAUUUUGUGCGUAAAGGUUUCCCCCAAAAAUGUUAUUCAUAAAUACUUUCCUAACACUAAAUAAUAUAAAAGAUCAGAGUAGUUUUUAAAAUACCAAUUGGUGCUGAAAAGCAGAUGAAUAUUUGUGUAUUUCAAUGGCUUUCGAUGGCUUUCUUUCCACUUCUGGAUUUAUUGUCUCUUAUUGAUUCUGAAAAAAAUCCACGUCCAUGUCUGGAGACACAACCCCUGAAAUAUUCUGAACCGUUCUCUUCAUAUAUUCUAGUGCAGGGGUAGGCAACCCUGUUCCUGGAGUGCUGUAGGUACAGUGCAUUCGGAGAGUAUUCAGACCCCUUCCCUUUUUCCACAUUUCGUUACGUUACAGCCUUAUUCUAAAAUUGAUUAAAUAAAACAUUUUCCUUAUCAAUCUUCACACAAUGCCCCAUAAUGAUUAAGUAUUCUGACCCUUUGCUAUGAGACUCGAAAUUGAGCUCAGGUACAUCCUGUUUCCAUUGAUCAUCCUUGAGAUGUUUCUACAACUUGAUUGGAGUCCACUUGUGGUAAAUACAAUUGAUUGGACAUGAUUUGGAAAGGCACACACCUGUCUAUAUAAGGUCCCACAGUUGACCGUGCAUGUCAGAGCAAAAACCAAGCCAUGAGGUUGAAGGAAUUGUCCGUAGAGCUCCGAGACAGGUGUCAUGACUUGCCCUCAUGGGUUGAGGAUCAAACAUGCUGGCUAGGCAAAGGUUUGAACACCCCCUUUCCUGGGGGCCAGUUUUAUGACCGGUCGGAAAUACCGUGCAGACUUUCUCUUCCUUGCCAUGAAGUAUUGGGAGAAAGGACCCCUUUGUUAACAAAGGAAGUCUUCCCGCCAAGACUCCAACAUCCAAAAGUGGAUAAUGAAACAAUAUUCCUACUUAAAAGAAUGUGGGAAAUGGUUGGUGGGGACUUAUAGAACAAUCAUGUCAAAUUCGUUACUAUGUUGUGAUGUCAUUAAAGACGGAGGAACAACAUAACUAUCUCUGGGGGGCUACACUUCCCAGUUAUCAAUUUGUUGUAUAAAACAAAUGAUUUAGUAUAAUAAUAGUUUUGUGAAGAUAACAAUGGGAUUUUAGAUGAGAUUGUUUUCCAUAUAGAUUUUUUCUCAUCAGUGGCCACGCCCAGAUGAGCACAAACAUGAUGGAAUGCCCCUUUUACCCCGAGUGCAUAAAAAUACUUGUGACGAAAUUCACCUCCGACCAGCAGACGUGAAGCGUGAGCUAAAUGUUGUAAAAUGGUUGAAUUUCUACAAGACCAGAAAGCGUGAGACGUUAGUCCACAAAUUUGAAAUUGAGAAAUGCUGAAACUCUCAACCUCUACACGAGGUGAAGAAGAAGACAAUGCACUAGACCUUAUCAUUUCAGUCUGCAGCUGGCAUGUAUAGUCGUCUAGAGAACUUUCACUAAAGACACGAGUUGGAAAGGACAAUCCCUCUCCAACAACCGCGGGUACAUCUGAAGUAUCCAUUCUAACCACGACUAUGACCAUAAACUCUACCAAGGACAUUGAGAUCUAUGGUGGGCAAACCAGAGUCCUACAUCAUCAACUCAACUAUCGAGGACAGCAACACGUAAAUACAGUUGAAGUCGGAAGUUUACAUACACCUUAGCCAAAUACAUCUAAACUUAGUUUUUCACAAUUCCUGACAUUUAAUCCUAAUAACAAUUCCCUGUCUUAGGUCAGUUAGGAUCACCACUUUAUUUUAAGAUUGUGAAAUGUCAGAAUAAUAGUAGAGAGAAUUAUUUAUUUCAGCUUUUAUUUAUUUCAUCACAUUCCCAUUGGGUCAGAAGUUUACAUACACUCAAUUAGUAUUUGGUAGCAUUGCCUUUAAAUUGUUUAACUUGGGUUAAAUGUUUCGCGUAGCCUUCCACAAGCUUCCCACAAUAAGUUGGGUGAAUUCUGGCCCAUUCCUCAUGACAGAGCUGGUGUAACUGAGUCAGGUUUGUAGGCCUCCUUGCUCGAACACGCUUUUUCAGUUCUGCCCACAAAUGUUCUAUAGGAUUGAGGUCAGGGCUUUGUGAUGGCCACUCCAAUACCUUGACUUUGUUGUCCUUAAGCCAUUUUGCCACAACUUUGGAAGUAUGCUUGGGGUCAUUGUCCAUUUGGAAGACCCAUUUGCGACCAAGCUUUAACUUCCUGACUGAUGUCUUGAGAUGUUGCUUCAAUAUAUCCACAUAAUUUUCCUUCUUCAUGAUGCCAUCUAUUUUGUGAAGUGCACCAGUCCCUCCUGUAGCAAAGCACCCCCACAGCAUGAUGCUGCCACCCCCGUGCUUCAUGGUUGGGAUGGUGUUCUUCGGCUUGCAAGCCUACCCCCUUUUUCCUCCAAACAUAACUAUGGUCAUUAUGGCCAAACAGUUCUAUUUUUGUUUAAUCAGACCAGAGGACAUUUCUCCAAAAAGUACGAACUUUGUCCCCAUGUGCAGUUGCAAACCGUAGUCUGGCUUUUUUAUUUGUGGUUUUGGAGCAGUGGCUUCUUCCUUGCUGAGCGGCCUUUCAGGUUAUGUCGAUGUAGGAAUCGUUUUACUGUGGAUAUAGAUACUUGUGUACCUGUUUCCUCCAGCAUCUUCACAAGGUCCUUUGCUGUUGUUCUGCGAUUGAUUUGCACUUUUCGCACCAAAGUACGUUCAUCUCAGAACGCGUCUCCAUCCUGAGCGGUAUGACGGCUGCGUGGUCCCAUGGUGUUUAUACUUGUGUACUAUUGUUUGUACAGAUGAACGCGGUACCUUCAGGCGUUUGGAAAUUGCUCCGAAGGAUGAACCUGACUUGUGGAGGUCUACCAUUUUAUUUAUGAGGUCUUGGCUGAUUUAUUUUGAUUUUCCCAUGAUGUCAAGCAAAGAGGCACUGAGUUUGAAGGUAGGCCUUGAAAUACAUCCACAGGUACACCUCCAAUUGACUCAAAUGAUGUCAAUUAGCCGAUCAGAAGCUUCUAAAGCCAUGACAUCAUUUUCUGGAAUUUUCCAAGCUGUUUAAAAGGCACAGUCAACUUAGUGUAUGUAAACUUCUGACCCACUAGAAUUGUGAUACACUGAAUUAUAAGUGAAGUAAUCUGUCUGUAAACAAUUCUUGGAAAAAUUACUUGUGUCAUGCACAAAGUAGAUGUCCUAACCGACUUGCCAAAACUAUAGUUUGUUAACAAGAAAUGUGUGGAGUGGUUGAAAAACUAGUUUUAAUGACUCCAACCUAAGUGUAUGUAAACUUCCGACUUCAACUGUAAAUGUUGCAUUUCUAAUCCGAAUGAGCGAUUAUUAGGGUGCAUAAGUAUUAUGAUUACUGUGAGCGUAGUUUCCAAAGUAACUACGAUAGUUUAAAUGAAUGAAUAGGACACACCCACAACCACAACUCUGCAGCUUUAGUUAAGUGUCAACAUACCUGAUUUAACUAGUCAAAGUCUUGAUCGGAGACUCUGAGUAGAGUUAGAUGUAUGACUGCUUGGCUGGAACAAAAACCUGCACCCACAGUGGUCCUCACAGGGUAAGAUUGCCCCCACCUACUCGAGAUGAAGAGGGAAUUAGUGAGGUUCUUCAAUAGAUAAUUUCACAUCAGAAAUACCUGCCGCUUUUACAACUUAUUUACCACUAAUCAUAUAAGGUCAUCAGUGAAAGCCAUCACAGAUAGCUUGUGUUGUCAAUCCUGUUGGACAUCUUUCUUCUGCUAUCUUUGGGCCGGAUUUACCAAGGCCAGGAUUCAAUCCGAUCGCACUUUGUUGACAAUGUGUCCUUUUAAAGGUAAUGUUAAAGCGUUCGCAGAGACCGCAUUCACUGUAAAUGCUGCAUGUUGGAAAUGACCAUUAAAUGGCACGUUAGCAACAAAACGUGAUCGGAUUGAAUCCCAGCCUAAGCAUUUAGCACCACAAUAUGCUGAAAAGGGAAUAAAUAUUGAGGAUAGAACAAAAGGGUAAGGCUACGUCAUUGAGACUUAUUAGCACGGAUGAAAUUGUAUAUGCAAUUGUCAGUUUUUGUCAGUCAAAGUUCUCAACUGGGACGAGCUGCAUACAUGAGAAGACUGACAAUUUGUGCAAUUUUGUCGGACAAUAAUUUCCAUUGUACAUCUUCCGGCAAUUGGGAAUUUUCAAAUACAAUAUGACUGUGGCCUAAAACAAAGGUGUGUAAAAAGAAUAAAGCAUCAAGGUAAAUGUAAAUGAACACAGUUUUAUGCUUUACAUUUUUUAUCCCUUUGUCCCUUCGGUGGAAACACUUAUUAAAUCUAGCCCUUUCUCUCUCAGUCAAGGACUAUUCAAUGUACUCUAGUACUGUAGUGUUUCUCAACUCCGGUCUUGGAGUACCCCCAAGGGUUGCUCAUUUUUGUUCUAGAACACAAUUGCUGGGCUAGAACACAAUUGUGCACUGACUAUGGGUUCCCUCAGGAAUGUAUUGGGACAUGCUGCUCUAUUUGUCCUCUCGUAAUUGGGUCCAGAUCCCUUUCUCAGGGGCCAAAGGUGAGAGCACAUUGUUCACCCUCUGGGAAUAGAGCUACUGGUUCCGGCUGUGGUGUGUGUGUGUGUGUGUGUGUGUGUGUGUGUGUGUGUGUGUGUGUGUGUGUGUGCAUGAAUCUCACAUCUUAAAGGGAUUAAAAGGAGACAAGCCAAAAAAUGGUCUGCCGAGGUCCUCCCUUUGAUCAAGAUUGUAACUAAGAUGAUUGUGGGAAGAAAACAGCGUGUUUGGCUCAUCCUUCGAUUGGAACUUGGAACUGUCAUUGCCACUGCCAUUUCAAUCUGGUUUCACAUCAAGGAAUGUUCCUGGAACUAUUCCAAAGAUUGCAGAUAACAAGCAGCAAUAACAACCUUUAUACCACAGCAUUGUUGAAUACUUGUUUCUAAUUGGCUAGAAGGACAUUCUAGAAUGGACAUUAAAACCAGUUAACGAGACAGUUGUUCUCAUCGACGGGGCUGUAGUGGAACAGGUUGAGAGCUUCAAGUUCCUUGGUGUCCACAUCACCAAUGAACUAUCAUGGUCCAAACACACCAAGACAGUCGUGAAGAGGGCACGACAAAGCCUAUUCCCCCUCAGGAGACUAAAAAGAUUUGGCAUGGGUCCUCAGAUCCUCAAAAAAUUCUGCAGCUGCACCAUCGAGAGCAUCCUGACUGGUUGCAUCACCGCCUGGUAUGGCAACUGCUUGGCCUCCGACCGCAAGGCACUACAGAGGGUAGUGCGUACGGCCCAGUACAUCACUGGGGCAAAGCUUCCUGCCAUCCAGGACCUCUAUACCAGGCGGUGUCAGAGGAAGGCCCUCAAAAUUGUCAAAGACUCCAGCCACCCUAGUCAUAGACUGUUCUCUCUGCUACCGCACGGCAAGCGGUACCGGAGUGCCAAGUCUAGGUCCAAAAGACUUCUCAACAGCUUCUACCCCCAAGCCAUAAGACUCCUGAACAGCUAAUCAUGGCUACCCAGACUAUUUGCACUGCCCCCCCACCCCACCCUUUUUACGCUGCUGCUACUCUGUUAAGUAUUUAUGCAUAGUCACUUUAACUCUACCCACAUGUACAUAUUACCUCAACUACCUCAACUAGCCGGUGCCCCCGCACAUUGACUCUGCAACGGUACCCCCCUGUAUAUAUAGCCUCCCUACUGUCACUUUAUUUUACUUCUGCUCUUUUUUUCUCAACACUUUUUUUGUUGUUGUUUUAUUCUUACUUUUUUUGUUUAAAAUAAAUGCACUGUUGGUUAAGGGCUGUAAGUAAGCAUUUCACUGUAAUGUCUGCACCUGUUGUAUUCGGCGCAUGUGACCAAUAAAAUUUGAUUUGAUUUGAUUUGGAAAAGAUAUCGGGACACCUUGCAAUCAUGACACAAUGUGCGCCUAGACAUGCAGACUGUACUUGCUACAUAGUUACAGAAAGCUAAACCAACAACUACAAAUGCUUCAGGUACACUUGAUAUUUAUGUUUCCUGUUAAAGUAGAGCAGGGAUGGGCAACUGUAGGGGUCUCAACUUACUGUUGCAAGUUAGAAUAGUAGAAUACACGAGGUGUAAUAUCGAAAUUUGGUUAUGCAUCAGCAGUUUUUCUCUUGAUAUGUCAGUCACUGAUACUCAAUUAGCCCGUGUCAACUACAUUUUUUUUAGAUUGGAAAGUUUGUCUAGCGGCCAGCUAUCUAAAUUUAGUAAUCAUGGUGGAAUUACCGGCCGGGGGGUCCCCAUUGAUUUUCUUAGUCAGUCUCACUCAGAUAUCAUAUUAAAACCUACAAACAUUUCUCUCCCCCCCAAUGGAAAAAUGUGUAGAAUUGCAGGAAACUCCAAAAAUGUUCUCUAUGCCCCAUGGCAAAAUGUGUAGAAUUGCACGAAAUUUACUUGAGUAAAAUGUUAAAUUUUUCUCUCCACUGUCAAGAGGUGGGCUGUUAAAAUGUUUGUUUUUUUUCGCAGUGGGGGGGGUUCACAUGUUGGUACGCAGACCUGCGAGCAACUGCCGUUCCUCAUGAUGAGUUCAAAUUUUUUGUGACCCCCACGCCCAUCAAAGCUGCCCAUCCCUGAAGUAGAGGAACUUUCUCUCUCUCUCUCUCUGACCUUUUACAUUUGUUUUCUUGUAUUUAGCUGCCAAUGUACACAUGGAAUAAAACAUAAAAAUGUUAGUCUUCCUCUUAUCUCUUCUCUCCUAUCUACCCUUUGUAAACCCCACUCCAUCUCUCUCUCUCUCAGGUCACAAUGACUACAUCUGCCCGGCGACCAACCAGUGCACUAUCGAUAAGAACCGCCGCAAGAGCUGCCAGGCGUGCCGCCUCCGCAAGUGCUACGAAGUAGGCAUGACAAAGUGUGGUACGUGUCUCUCGCUUUCCCCCUCUCCCUUCAUCCUCCUCGUCUUCUAUCUCCUUCACACCAUCCUCACCCUAAUCUUGCCAGUGGUGGUUGUCACAAAGCGUCUCAGAUCAAGUCCACCCUAACAUACAAUCGUAUUCAUUAUGACCCACGACAAAAAUUACGUUAAAUACAUACAGCUUCUGUAUAGUCCAGUGUGUGGCCAAUGUUUGUGUCCGGUGCCUUAGAAAUGAUUUAUUUUUGAUAUGUGAAUAUUCCCCAUUGGCUAGACUUUGCUCACACAAUGAGCAGAGGCACUGGGGUUAGGAUUUAGAGACAUACUCACCCACAUGUUUGCAAGUGGACAAGAAAUAUAGUUUGCAAAACUUUGCUAUUUGCUUUCUCUCCUUUGUGAGCCUUGUGCAUCAGGUGGUUGUCUAGGAUGUUUUGCUCCAUUCAAUGUAAUGAUCUAUUUUUACAAAGCUAAAUUAAGGUUCAGUUGCUAUAGUGACACAGGUUGGUACAGUUGUCAUUUCAUUGUUCGUUGAUCACACAUUUCCUUGUCAAGAUGAACAUUUAGAUUUUAAAUCCAAACUUUUGGACAAGAUAGCCAAGUACAAGGCAAGAUGACUGAAGUCCAAAAGGAGAGGGUGGCCGUCCUUUCGCUUGCUUUCGCCGUGGUGUGUUAUAGCGACCACCUGCUGGGUGCCGGUGAACUGUGGCUGUUUGUGCCGAUUCAACAUGUAGAAUCGUAAAAUCGCCGCUAUUCUUGUCAGAGGCACUUGCCCAUUCAUCGGCCUGGUGGUAUUCCCUCUUACUACAUUUACAUUUUACAUUUUAGUCAUUUAGCAGACGCUCUUAUCCAGAGCGACUAUCGGUGAGAUAUAUGCAACUGGCCCAUGACUUACCAUGCAAAUGUUGUUUGACAGGCAGCUGGUCAAAGGGGAGUAAUUGCUGGGAAUUGUGGAGGUGAAAUCGAUGGGGUGUAAUUGAGGGCUUGAUAUAGCGAUCUCAACCCCUUAUUUUAGGUAUAUCAAGGUACUCUGUUCACCUCCUGUUUCCCUCAGGCAUGCGUCGCGACCGCAGCAGCUACCGGGGUCAUCAACCGAGGCGCGUGGGUCGCUUCUCCCGGGGCGCGGCUAGUGGGCCCAAGCGGGCCCUAGCUGAGAGGGGCGAGCCAAUCAAGGAACUCCUCCCCCCAGCAUUAACCCCGGAGCAGCUGAUUGGCCGGAUAAUGGAGGCGGAGCCACCGGAGAUCUACCUCCAGAGGGACAUGAGGAGGCCCCUGACGGAGGCCAACGUCAUGAUGUCACUCACCAACCUGGCCGACAAGGAGCUGGUCCACAUGAUCAGCUGGGCCAAGAAGAUCCCAGGUUGGUGUUGAUUGAUUUAUUGUCUAUUUUUUUUAUUCAUGAUUUAAAAACAUAAUACUUUCCUCGCAUCAUAUGUUCUAUUUUAUUCCAUUCUUUGUGCACACGUUGAGUACAGCAGAAAAACUGUAUAAAACAUUGACACAAUGAACAUGAGGCCGAAAAGUCUUAAGUUUGCUUGUAAAGCCUGUGUGUAUCCUCUGUCAAUGGGUGUGACAAAAACAGAGUGAGAUAGCAUUAGGUACAGCAUACUGUUGAGUAACUUGAAUCAAUAUCAAUUGAAUACAUUUGAUAUCUUAGAUUUUACUGGCAUAACAUAGCGUAAUAUUGUUCUAAUUUCCUAAAGAAACUGCCCCUAAGAGUCCAUGUUUUCAACAGCAGUCUCCUUUAUUAUCGACAGUGACAGUCAGGUAGUCAGAAUGUAGAAGGGAGACAGAUUAGGAGACAAAGGGGCUGAAACAGGAUUUGUACCCAUGUCUCCCGGGGUAUAUGUGGUUUGGGGGGCUAACCACUAGGCCAGACUCAGAGAGCAAACAUUAAUUAUGUAUGUCAAUCUCUCCUGGCACAAAGUGGAGGAGAGAUUGGCUUCAUCACUACUUGUAUUUGUGAGAGGUAUUGACAUGUUGAAAGCACUGAGCUGUCUAUUCAAACAACUAGCACACAGCUCAGACACACAUGCAUACCCCACAAGACAUGCCACCAGAGGUCUCUUCAAAGUCCCCAAGUCCAGAACAGACUAUGGGAGGCGCACAGUACUACAUAGAGCCAUGACUACAUUGAACUUUAUUCCACAUCAGGUAACUGAUGCAAGCAGUAGAAUCAGAUAAAUAAAUUAAAAUAUUAAAAUUCACCUUAUGUAACAGCGGGGAAUGUGAAGCAACACAAACAGGCACAGACACAUGCAUACACACAUGAUAACAUACGCACCAUACACACACGUACACAUAUUGUGUUGUAGAUAUGUGUUAGUGGAGUAGGGGCCUUAGGGCACACACUUGUAAUGUUUUUAAAAUGGUAUAACUGCCUUAAUUUUGCCGGACCCCAGGAAGAGUAUUAAUAAAUACAAAUACUGAGCAAUGAGCAUCGAUGUACUAUAGUCUACACUCCUCAGUGAUGCUCUCCUCAGUGAUGCUGCAAAAAGUACAGGGUAGUUUGGGAUGUCUAGUUUUCUCUGUGCUAGAGAGAAACAUUGCCCCUGCUUUAUUCAGUAGAACCCCAUUUGCUGCUAGGGUUGAAAUAAAGUAAAAGGUAGUAUGCAAAUGGCCAUGUACACAUUUGACACAACGGUUGUGAUAUAGUGGAGAGACUUUCUGCAUUCAAGUAAUUGGUUGUGCACAAUGGUUGUGUAAACAUUUUCGUGCUGGCAAACACUGCAAUGUAUCACAAUCAUUGUGUCAAAUGUGUUAUAUGUCAGUUGUACGACCUGAGUGUGUACAGGGCCAUAAUCCACUCACUGUUUGCUGUUCGUAAAUAUGACUUUUUUAAGUAUCAUUAUUACAUUGCGAACAACAAACUAUGUUUACCAUGAGCAGUAUGCGGGAACAUUGCCUUUAAAUUUCAAUCGUGCUGUAGCGCAGCUCUUCAGCACUAUGGAUUGAAUCUAGCCCUAGAUCAGCACUCUGAGACACUUCAUGAAUACGGACCCCGUUAUGUCUUUACAGGGUUUGUGGACCUGAGCCUGUUCGACCAGGUGCACCUGUUGGAGUGCUGCUGGUUGGAGGUGCUGAUGCUGGGGCUCAUGUGGAGAUCAGUGGACCACCCCGGUAGGCUCAUCUUUUCCCCCGACCUCAGCCUGAGCAGGUGACCACCCUCUCUCUACUCCUGGAUCAAGCAUCUGUAUGAUUUCUAAAAUAUUUUCAUAGUGGAUCCAAAUGAAGUAUUCAAAUGAAGUGUAUGUCUGUCUGUGUGUGUGUGUUUUCAGGGACGAGGGGAGCUGUGUGCAGGGUUUCGUGGAUAUCUUUGACAUGCUGCUAGCUGCCACCUCCAGGUUCCGAGAGCUCAAGCUGCAGAGGGAGGAGUAUGUCUGCCUCAAGGCCAUGAUCCUCCUCAACUCUAGUACGUGUGUGUUAACGUUUGUGUGCAUCUGUCUGUUUGGCCUUCUGUCUGUACUUCUGUCUUUCUGUUUGUCUGUACUGCAUCUUUAUAAUUAUUUUUUACUUCAUAUUUUAUAUAUUUAUAGCAUGCAUAUCAAGAUUAAGUUUUCAGCACAAGUCUGUUGCUAUGUUGGACCAUUUCUUCAGUGUAAUCCUAUCUGUUUGGGAGUCUAGGGAGGGUUGGCAAGGGCAACCAGAGGAAUAACUCACUCUGACAAGGCCUAAUGAGAACACUGUGUACCUUUUUGAGUCGCUGUCUCUCUCCACUCACAUCAUAGUUACUGUUUAACUCUCAAAGAUGUAACAGUCAGAACCUGUUUCAAGGUCAGUGGAUCACGAAAAAUAACAACAUUUGAUUUAACUUAACUGUAACCAAAGUAAUCGCAUUUAAUAAUGCUACAUGUUGGAAAUUAUUUAUGAAGUGUAGCAAAGGUAGUUUGGUGAAAUGUGCUUGCACACUAAGUCACCUUGUCUGAGACCUGAAGAUUUGUGCUAGCUCCCAGAGAUAAAGACUUGGCUUUAGCUCAGAGGGCUAAUGUGGCUUUGAGUCAUGGAGACAACUACAAUUACGUUUUUUCUUUAUUUUCUCAACUGUGUGUGUGUUUUGUGGUUGCAGACAUGUGCCUGAACUCCUCGGAGGGGAGCGAAGAGCUGCAGAGUCGCUCGAAGCUCCUGCGCUUGCUGGAUGCCGUAACAGACGCACUGGUGUGGGCCAUCGCAAAGACGGGCCUCAGCUUUCAGCAGCAGUCUGCGCGCCUCGCCCACCUGCUGAUGCUGCUGUCACACAUCCGCCACGUCAGGUACAGCAGCCACAAUACGGUCUCCACUGUCACACUCGCAAGUUACCACUCCGUCACAAUAGUCACCACCAUCGUACUCGCAAGUUAUCGCUCAGGCAUGAUACAGUCACCACCAUCACUCUUGGCAGUUACAAUACAGUCACCUCCGUCACACUUUGUAGUUACCGCUCGGGCAUAAUACGAUCAAAACUAUCACACUUGCCAGUUAUCAUGUUGCCACUACGGUAUAGUAAAAUGUUCAAUACGGUCACCACCGUCAAGAUUGAGCCACCAUAUUGUCAUUACCAUCACGACUGAACCAUAAAACAGUCACUACUGUUUGCUGCUACCACAAGUGAUCUUUUAAUAAAGCUUGCGUUAUACAGAAAAAGCUUUUCGACCAACAUGGUCUUUACAAGGUAAACUGAAUCUGAUGAAGACCAUUGGCUCUACUCAAUCAGAUCCGCUUUAGCUGACAUCCGCAUAGCGGUUGUUUUGGCGGUGUCAGAAGUGGAACUAUGUAGAUGAGUGAAAAUCCACUUUGUCUGAGGAUGACAGAGAAUUAGUGUAGCCCAUAAUAUCCAAUGGAUCUAGCCAAGGUCACCACUCGGAAUACUAUAAGAUGCACGCGUCUAGGUUUACCAUUACGCAAUUGUGGUCCUCUGUAGCUCAGCUGGUAGAGCACGGCGCUUGUAACGCCAAGGUAGUAGGGUUCGAUCCCCGGGACCACCCAUACACAAAAAUGUAUGCACGCACGACUGUAAGUCGCUUUGGAUAAAAGUGUCUGCUAAAUGGCAUAUUAUUAUUAUUAUUUAUUAUUAUUAUUAUUAAGAUGCUAAGGGACAAGGUGCUAAUAUCAAUGGCGUAGCAUUAAAUGAUUGAGUUAACCUUUGCUCAGAGCUGCACAGUUAGAGGCCAAGCAUAUAUGCUAUGUGUAUUGUAAAUAACAUUUACCAUUAGACAAUUCACCAAAUAAUAAUUCAACGAAUAUUACUCAGGAAUGUGAGGACUACAGUUCUUAUCAAUUAAAACUAAUCAGAUGUAUUACAGUAAUGCAAUAAGAAUACAAUUAUCAAAUGGUACAAAUCAGAAAUCUUCACGAUAUAAGUCUUCACAUCAUAGAAAAUUCACCACUAUGACAUUCAAACGUACAUAUGGAGAUCGGUUUACUAAUGACUUCAUGAUCAAAGUUUAAACCUAGCUUUUAUUCUUCCAAGAGCACCACUUUGCACGGCCCAAAACAUUAAAACAAAAUGCAUAAAACUUCACAGGCAUUCUCUAAUCUAAUCACCACACUUCAAAACUGUAUGAUAAGAGCGUCCCCCCUGUGUCGCUCCUCUUUGAACUAUCCGCCUUCCGACGAACAGAAUAACAGUUACAAUAAAACAUAUAAAAAUUCAUAGCUCUUUAUGAACUCUGGAAACAAUCCAAACAUGACAAUUUAAUUAAAACAGUAACAUUCAUUUAGUCAAUUCAGCCAUCCAAACAAUGUCAAAAAUGGUGAUUGAGUCAUCACGCUGGGCCUCGGCCCCAGCAAGUCGCUAGAUGCAUCUUCAUCACUGGCCUUCAUCAUCAUUCACAUUUGUUCACUCUCUCUAUUUUUCUAUUACAACUGCGUUAGAGCUGUCAAAUGCACAAGCGGCUCCUGGCUAUACCAAAAGCGGAUAUUGCCAUUGGCUGCACGGAGUCGCGUUAAGAGAAAUCCCAUGAAGCCUUGUUUACAAGUUUGAACACUGGAAUGUGAGAUGUAAUCUACACCUCGAUUAGGCUGAUUGAAAUGUUACAUUUGAGCGUCAUUAUUUCUAUCAUUGCCUUCAGAAAGUAUUCACACCCCUUGACUUUUUCCACAUAUUGUCACGCCCUGGCUCUGGGGACACUGUUAUGUUGAGCCAGGGUGUGUAGAUCUAUGUAUUCUAUUUCUAUGUUGGGAGUUCUAGUUUGUUUAUUUCUAUGUUGGCCUGAGUGACUCCCAAUCAGAGGCAACGAGUGUCAGCUGUGGCUGGUUGUCUCUGAUUGGGAGCCAUAUUUAAACUGUCUGUUUUUCCCGUUGUGUUUGUGGGUUCUUGUUCUAGUUGGUUUGUGUUAGACCGUUGACUGUCACGUUAUCGUUUUUGUUCGUGUUAUCCUUCAGUGUUAAUAAAUAUGUUUGCAUUCAACGCUGCGCAUUGGUCCUCUGUUCCCGACGAUCGUGACAGAAGAACCCACCAAAACUGGACCAAGCAGCGUGUCCAGGAGCCAUCGCCAGGGGAAUCGCUAGCAGAUCUCCGUGGCAACCUCGACUGGGUCAAGCCUAGUGAGGAGCAGAGAGGGUGGACUUGGGAACAGUGGAGGAAGAGCUUCGACUGGGUCAAGCCCAAUGAGGAGCUGAAUGGCGGGAGUUGGAAGCAGAAGAGCGAGAGUUGGGCGAGAAUUAUAGAGGCCUGGCCCACGGGGAAGAGAGAACCCCAGAACAUUUUUAGGGGGGGGCUCACGACGUCGGGGCAGCAGGAGGCCGCGAUAGAGCGGUCCAGCGGGUUGGCAGAGGAGGCCGCCAGGUUACGGGGGCCACUGGUUGAAGAGGGGAUGGAAGGUGUAGAGGCACGGCGAGAGGUACUGGGGUGUGUUACCAGUCCGGUCCGGCCCGUUCCAGAUCCCGGUGUAGGGCCAGUGGUGUGUGUCCCCAGUACGGUCCGGUCUGUUCCUGCUCCCCGCACCAAGUGUACGGUGCGCGUCGCCAGCCCAGCCCGGCCUGUUCCUGCCCCUCGCACCAAGCCUACGGUGUGCGUCGCCAGCCCGGCCCGGCCUGCUCCUGCCCCUCGCACCAAGCCUACGGUGCGCGUCGCCAGCCCGGCCCGGCCUGCUCCUGCCCCUCGCACCAAGCCUACGGUACGCGUCGCCAGCUCGGCCCGGCCUGUUCCUGCUCCUCGCACCAAGCCUACGGUGCGCGUCGCCAGCCCGGCCCGGCCUGCUCCUGCCCCUCGCACCAAGCCUACGGUGCGCGUCGCCAGCUCGGCCCGGCCUGUUCCUGCUCCUCGCACCAAGCCUAUGGUGCGAUUCGCCAGCCCGGCCCGGCCUGUUCCUGCUCCCCGCACCAAGCCUAUGGUGCGCGUCGCCAGCCCGGUCCGGCCUGUUCCUGCCACUCGCACCAAGCCAGGGGUGCGAGUCGUCAGCCCGGUCCAGCCCGUUCCUGCUCCACGCACCAAGCCAGGGGUGCGUAUUGUCAGCCCGGUCCGGCCCGUUGCUGCUCCACUCACCAAGCCAGGGGUGCGCAUCGUCAGCCCGGUCCGGUCCGCUCCUGCUUCCCGCACCAAGCCAAUGGUGCGCGUCGCCAGCCCGGUUCGGCCCGCUCCUGCUCCUCACACCAAGCCAGUGGUGUGCGUCGUCAGUCCAGCACGGCCCGUGCCUGUUCUCCACACCAAGCCAGUGGUGGGCGUCGUCAGUCCGGCACGGCCCGUGCCUGUUCCACUGGUGCCUGGUCCGGCACCGGUCAGAUGCGUUACGCCGGAGCUAGAGCAAUCCGCUCCAUCAGUGUGCAGUCCAGCUCCGGCCAGCGGGGCCAGACCGGACCAGGGGUACUUUGGGGGGUUGGAGAGGGAGUGGGGAUCAGGCCCGGAGCCGGAUCCGCCGCCAAGGCGGAGUGCCCACCCGGUCCCUCCCCUGUGGUAUUUAGUUGGCGCGGUCGGAGUCCGCGCCUUUAGGGGGGGGGUACUGUCACGCCCUGGCUCUGGGGACACUGUUAUGUUGAGCCAGGGUGUGUAGAUCUAUGUAUUCUAUUUCUAUGUUGGGAGUUCUAGUUUGUUUAUUUCUAUGUUGGCCUGAGUGACUCCCAAUCAGAGGCAACGAGUGUCAGCUGUGGCUGGUUGUCUCUGAUUGGGAGCCAUAUUUAAACUGUCUGUUUUUCCCGUUGUGUUUGUGGGUUCUUGUUCUAGUUGGUUUGUGUUAGACCGUUGACUGUCACGUUAUCGUUUUUGUUCGUGUUAUCCUUCAGUGUUAAUAAAUAUGUUUGCAUUCAACGCUGCGCAUUGGUCCUCUGUUCCCGACGAUCGUGACACAUAUUGUUGUGUUACUGCCUGAAUUUAAAAUUCAUUAAAUUGAGAAUAUGUGACACAGGCAUACACACAAUACCCCAUAUUGUCGAAAUGGAAUUAUGUUUUUAGAAAUGUUUACAAAUUCAUUAAAAAUGAAAAGCUGAAAUGUCUUGAGUAAACUAUUCAACCCCUUUGUUAUAGCAAGCCUAAUUAAGUUCAGGAGUAAAAAUGUGCUUAACAAGUCACAAAUUACAUGGACUCAAUAAUAGUACAGUGGGGGAAAAAAAGUAUUUAGUCAGCCACCAAUUGUGCAAGUUCUCCCACUUAAAAAGAUGAGAGAGGCCUGUAAUUUUCAUCAUAGGUACACGUCAACUAUGACAGACGAAUUGAGGAAAAAAAAUCCAGAAAAUCACAUUGUAGGAUUUUUAAUGAAUUUAUUUGCAAAUUAUGGUGGAAAAUAAGUAUUUGGUCACCUACAAACAAGCAAGAUUUCUGGCUCUCACAGACCUGUAACUUCUUCUUUAAGAGGCUCCUCUGUCCUCCACUCGUUACCUGUAUUAAUGGCACCUGUUUGAACUUGUUAUCAGUAUAAAAGACACCUGUCCACAACCUCAAACAGUCACACUCCAAACUCCACUAUGGCCAAGACCAAAGAGCUGUCAAAGGACACCAGAAACAAAAUUGUAGACCUGCACCAGGCUGGGAAGACUGAAUCUGCAAUAGGUAAGCAGCUUGGUUUGAAGAAAUCAACUGUGGGAGCAAUUAUUAGGAAAUGGAAGACAUACAAGACCACUGAUAAUCUCCCUCGAUCUGGGGCUCCACGCAAGAUCUCACCCCGUGGGGUCAAAAUGAUCACAAGAACGGUGAGCAAAAAUCCCAGAACCACACGGGGGGACCUAGUGAAUGACCUGCAGAGAGCUGUGACCAAAGUAACAAAGCCUACCAUCAGUAACACACUACGCCGCCAGGGACUCAAAUCCUGCAGUGCCAGACGUGUCCCCCUGCUUAAGCCAGUACAUGUCCAGGCCCGUCUGAAGUUUGCUAGAGUGCAUUUGGAUGAUCCAGAAGAGGAUUGGGAGAAUGUCAUAUGGUCAGAUGAAACCAAAAUAUAACUUUUUGGUAAAAACUCAACUCGUCGUGUUUGGAGGACAAAGAAUGCUGAGUUGCAUCCAAAGAACACCAUACCUACUGUGAAGCAUGGGGGUGGAAACAUCAUGCUUUGGGGCUGUUUUUCUGCAAAGCGACCAGGACGACUGAUCCGUGUAAAGGAAAGAAUGAAUGGGGCCAUGUAUCGUGAGAUUUUGAGUGAAAACCUCCUUCCAUCAGCAAGGGCAUUGAAGAUGAAACAUGGCUGGGUCUUUCAGCAUGACAAUGAUCCCAAACACACUGCCCGGGCAACGAAGGAGUGGCUUCGUAAGAAGCAUUUCAAGGUCCUGGAGUGGCCUAGCCAGUCUCCAGAUCUCAACCCUAUAGAAAAUCUUUGGAGGUAGAAGCUGUUAAGAAGCCUUUUGGACCUAGACUUGGCGCUUCGGUACUGCUUGCCGUGCGGUAGCAGAGAGAACAGUCUAUGGUGGACUAGGGUGGCUGGAGUCUUUGACAAUUUUUAGAGCCUUCCUCUGACACCGCCUGGUGUAGAGGUCCUGGAUGGCAGGAAGCUUGGCCUCAGUGAUGUACUGGGCCGUACGCACUACUCUCUGUAGUGCCUUGUGGUCGGAGGCCGAGCAGUUGCCAUACCAGGUAGUGAUACAACCAGUCAGGAUGCUCUCGAUGGUGCAGCUGUAUAACUUUUUGAGGAUCUGGGGACCCAUGCCAAAUCUUUUCAGUCUCCUGAGGGGGAAUAGGCUUUGUCAUGCCCUCUUCAUGACUGUCUUGGUGUGUUUGGACCAUGAUAGUUUGUUGGUGAUGUGGACACCAAGGAACUUGAAGCUCUCAACCUGCUCCACUACAGAAUAGGGACGUGCUCUGUCCUUCUUUUCCUGUAGUCCAAAAUCAUCUCCUUUGUCUUGAGCACGUUGAGGGAGAAGUUGUUAUUCUGGCACCACACGGCCAGGUCUCUGACCUCCUCCCUAUAGGCUGUCUUGUCAGUGAUCAGGCCUACCACUGUUGUGUCGUCGGCAAACUUAAUGAUGGUGUUGGAGUCGUGCCUGGCCAUGCAGUCAUGGGUGAACCGGGAGUACAGGAGGGGACUUAGCACGCACCCCUGAGGGGCCCCCGUAUUGAGGAUCAGCGUGGCAGAUGUUAUGGGUACACUUGUAAUCGGCAAGGGCUAGGGAGUAUUUUAGGAUAAAAAGAAACAGAAUAGAGUUAAGUACAGGCAAAAUCCUAGAGGAAAACUUUUUUGUCUACUUUCCAACAAACACUGGGAGACAAAUUCACCUUUCAGCAGGACAAAAACCUAGAAAAUAAGGCCAAAUAUGCACUGGAGUUGCUUACAAAGAUUACAUUGAAUGUUUCUGAGUGGCCUAGUUACAGUUUUGACUUAAAUUGGUUCGACAGUCUAUGGCAAAACUUGAAAAUGGCUGUCUAGCAAUAAUCAACAACCAACUUGAAUUUUUUAAAUAAUAAUGUGCAAAUAUUAUACAAUCCAGGUGUGCAAUGCUCUUAGAGACUUACCCAGAAAGACUCACAGCUGUGAUUCUAACAUGUAUUGACUCAGGGGUAUGAAUACUUAUGUAAAUUAGAUUUCAUUUUCAACAAAUUUGCUAAAAUGUCUAACGUUUUGUCUUCGUCAUUAUGGGGUAUUGUGUGUAGAUGGGUGAGAGAAUUCUGGCUGUAACACAACAAAAUGUGGAAUAAGUCAAGGAGUAUGAAUAAUUCCUGAAGGCACUGUAGGCUACACAUUCUCGUUCUGAACUUCUAACGCGAGUGGGACGGGUGUGGCUUGGUGACAAUGAUCAACAAGAGCAGCUGCUCACCGAUUUGACAGCUCUAACGCAGUUCCACCAAGACACCACUAAAACAUUAGCAUGCAGGUGUCGGCUAUCGCCGGUUAAUGCUUUCUAGGCCCAUUUCUGUGUAUUUUAUUUUCUUCUGUAUCACGAAAAGCAGUGAGCAUACAUGACCUCUGUGUUUGCUCAUUGUGCAGUAACAAGGGCAUGGACCACCUGCACUGCAUGAAGAUGAAGAACAUUGUGCCCCUGUACGACCUGCUCCUGGAGAUGCUGGACGCCCACAUCAUGCACAGCCCUCAGCUGCCCCAACAAGCCACCUCAGGGGGCCACUGUCCAGAGGUGAGCCCCCUGCAGCCCACCACCCCAGCAGCUGCCCCACCCAGACAUGGACCCCCAGCAGUGGAGGCGAGCCCCAAGAACAGGAGCCAUUGGACUGCAGGGACCCCGGUAGAAAGACAGGUUUGCACACUCCUGUCUCAUUUCAUUCCAUCUCCUGUCGUUUUGCCCUUGAGCAAGGCACUUAACCCCUCAAACAACUUCAAAGGUGCUGCGCCGUGGCUUACCCUGGCUUCAAAUCUGUGUGUGUGUGUGUGUGUGUGUGUGUUUUUCAAGGGGUUGGAUGAAAAUAAAAAUAAAAUCCUUAAUUUCAGUGAUAUCAAAAAGAUAAUGGACAAUAAACAAUUCUUAUUUUAUGACGCUAACCUGCUAUUAUCCCCUCCCUUUCUCUGUCCUUUCCUCUUUGUCUCUUUAUUAGUGGUGAUAAGGGAUCUCUAGCACACAUGGAGGAGCAAAAAGGACAAUGGAGAGUAUGAUGUGAAGCGGAACUCUGUGACUGGGACACUUCUUGGAAAAGCUUUUAAAAACCACUCUGAAAUAGAGGAACUGGGAACGAGUAUAAGGGUGUUUCAGAUGGUGCCUGGAAGGGGCUGCAUCCCAAUGCUUUCAAAUGACAUAUUCUCCUUUCAGGCAUUAGCACUGUUCUGA